UCUAAUCACAGUGACACUAGUGGGCUGUGCACCUGGAAAGAAUACGUUACGUCGCUGGUAUCCGCGCGACUGUUUCUGGUGGAUAGCGCGAGCACGCCGUCGGGUCAUGUCGUGACGUGUUGUCGGCGUCUGUAUUUGGAGUGAUGUACAGUAGUGAUUUAAAAAAAGAAUUAUUAGAUGUUAUCUUUUUGUGGUAUUUGUUUAUAUGUUUUGUGAGUGUAAGCAUUGUAUUUUUACCAAUUGUUAGCAAAGUUUACUAAGUAAUGUCGAAUCCAGGGACCCGAAGGAAUGGGUCAAGCAUCAAAAUUAGACUGACAGUGUUGUGUGCAAAAAACUUGGCAAAGAAGGAUUUUUUCAGGUUGCCAGACCCCUUUGCUAAAGUCGUAGUGGAUGGGUCUGGUCAGUGCCAUUCAACCGACACAGUGAAGAGCACUUUGGAUCCCAAAUGGAAUCAACACUAUGAUUUAUAUAUUGGUAAGACUGAUUCAGUAACGAUAAGCAUAUGGAAUCACAGAAAAGUCCACAAAAAGCAGGGAGCUGGUUUCCUCGGCUGUGUGCGAUUAUUAUCAAAUGCUAUCAGCAGACUGAAAGACACUGGCUAUCAGCGUUUAGAUCUAUGCAAACUCAGCGCCACAGACAAUGUUGCAGUACGAGGUCAAGUAGUAGUAAGUUUACAGACACGUGACAAAACUGGCACAGGCGGUCCUGUUGUUGACGCUAGAGGGAUUUUGGAAAAUGAAAGAACUGUUUAUGAUGACUCAGGACCGGGAAGGCCACUUAGUUUUGUAGAUGAACCUGCACCAUACAGCGAUUCUUCAGGAGCAGCAGGUGGAGGAAACAGAUUGGAAUCGCCUAGUCAGGAUCAAAGGUUUUUGUUGCAACGGCUUAGAAAUAAUGAGAUCAGAGGUCUCAUACAAACACCACAGAACCGAUCCCAUGGAUACCAGUUGGCUGAUUUACCUGAAGGCUAUGAACAGAGAGCAACUGGACAAGGUCAAGUCUACUUCCUACAUACACAAACUGGAGUCAGCUCAUGGCAUGAUCCCAGGAUACCAAGGGAUCUUAAUAGUGUAAAUUGUGAAGAUUUUGGACCAUUGCCUUCUGGAUGGGAGGUUCGGAGUACAGUGUCUGGGAGAAUAUAUUUUGUGAAUCACAAUAACAGAACUACACAGUUUACAGAUCCUAGAUUACAUCACAUUAUCAACAGCCAGCAGACUCAGUUAAAGGAAUCAAGCCAGUCUUUGUCAGUGCAGAAUGGAUGUGUGUUGGAGGAAGAAGGAAAUUUGCCUGCAGAAAGAUGUGAAAGAGAUCUGGUGCAGAAAAUGAAGGUGUUGAGGCAUGAAUUGUCAUUACAGCAACCACAAGCUGGACACUGCCGCAUUGAGGUGUCUAGGGAAGAAAUCUUUGAGGAAUCAUACCGUCAGGUUAUGAAGAUGAGACCAAAAGAUUUGAAAAAGCGAUUGAUGGUGAAAUUUAGAGGUGAAGAAGGACUGGAUUAUGGUGGAGUAGCAAGGGAGUGGCUGUAUUUACUGUGCCACGAAAUGCUGAACCCUUACUAUGGAUUGUUCCAGUAUUCCACUGACAAUAUUUACAUGCUGCAGAUCAAUCCAGAUUCUUCUGUUAAUCCUGAUCAUCUGUCAUAUUUUCACUUUGUUGGCCGGAUAAUGGGUUUAGCUGUGUUCCAUGGACAUCAUAUCAACGGAGGCUUCAUACCACCCUUUUACAAGCAGCUAUUAGGCAAACCAAUUCUUCUCUCUGAUCUGGAAUCAGUGGAUCCAGAACUGCACAAGAGCUUAGUCUGGAUUUUGUAA